AUGUCAGGCCUUCAAAGGCCAAUUUUGGAUCAAGAUAGGAUUUUUUAUCAAGAGAAGAAAAAGAAACCAGCCAUGGAAAGCAACUUGAAAUCUAUGAGGAAAGUUCGAAUAAUAUGUCAUGAUCCUGAGGCCACCGACUCUUCAAGUGAUGAAGAUGGAGAAUACCUUGAUCGGUGUACUCAUUCGAAGCAAUUUCUUAGGGAGAUCACCCUCCCAGUUUUCCAAUCCAAGUCCAUUCUUGAGGGUUCUUCACAAGACAAAACUGGGGUAUGCAAAGUUUAUACUAGCACUACAAAUUCUGUUGAAGGUACGAGGCCUCGAAGAUCGUCAACUAUCUAUAAAGGCGUUCGAAGAAGACCAUGGGGGAAAUAUUCAGCAGAGAUUAGAGAUCCAUUUCGAAAGGUUCGUUUAUGGCUUGGGACUUAUACAACUGCAGAAGAAGCUGCAGCUGCUUAUAAGAAAAAGAAGGAAGAGUUUGAAAACAAAAUGGCAUUGGAGAGAGCUAAUAAUUUGCAUAUUGAUACAAAAGUAGUCUCUGAAGAAUUUGAUGGUUUAUGUUCUCAUCCAUCUCCAUCCUCCGUGCUUGAUGUCUCUACCACAACCUCACUUGGUCAUGGACUUGAAAGCAAUGUGGAAACGGUGGCAGAAGAGUGUAAUAUAGAAAGUUCAUUCAAAGAAGAAAGCAAUGUGGAAAUGAUUGAAGAUAGUUCAGCAGAAGUGCAAUCCAUUUCGGAUUUAUGGGAAGAUCAUAUGUUAUCGCCAUCAGUUAGUCACGAGUUGCUUGGUUUCGAUCACCACCCUCACUUUGGGCAUGGUGUUGGGCAGUUUUUUGAUAAUUUCAAUGAUGGAGAAGAUUUUCCUAUGUGUGAUAAUACUGAGACAAUCAGUUCUAUGGAUGGGGUGAUGGAUCUUCCCAACAUUGAACUUGAAACUCUUGCUUUUGUCGAGGAAACUCUCAAUUUUGCUUACCAAUAA